GUUCUUCCCAAGAGAAGGAAGGAUUCAAAUGAUGCCAGAAAACAACAGCAGUGAUCUUUCUCCCCCUAAAUCAAACUGGCCAUUUCUUGUUUUCUUCAAUGAUGCUAGGCUCGUUUUCAAGAGGGAUGCACUUGGUUUGGAGAUCCUACAGAUUGCGCUUCCUGCAGCAUUGGCUUUAGCGGCUGAUCCCAUUGCUUCUCUAAUCGACACUGCAUUCAUUGGCCGGUUAGGUCCUGUACAGCUUGCAGCUGUAGGAGUUUCUAUUGCCAUUUUCAAUCAAGUGUCGAAAGUUACCAUAUUUCCACUUGUCAGCAUCACUACUUCUUUCGUGGCUGAAGAAGAAACUCUUGGAAGAAUUAGCAAGGAGGAACAAGAUGAAAACUUGAAAACAAACAGUUACGAAGGGAAAAAGUUUUCUGGCGAAGACAUUGAAUUGAAAGAAUUGACGACGACUGAAGAAGAUGUUGAAUUUGAAGGCUUGGAAAAGGGUGCUGCUGCUGCAGCAAGCAAAAAAUUGAAAGAACUGUUAUCAGAAGAUUCUCAAGUUUCAGUUGUUAAGGCUAAAAAUAGAAAUGAGAAGCGGCAGAUACCAUCUGCAUCUACUGCACUUCUUCUGGGUGGUGUUCUAGGUCUUCUUCAGACUGUAUUUCUCAUAUUCCUUGCAAAACCAAUUCUGAGUUUCAUGGGUGUGAAAUCUGGUUCAGCCAUGUUAAAGCCUGCACAAAGAUAUUUGGUGUUGAGGGCUCUUGGUGCUCCUGCUGUUCUGCUCUCUUUGGCUAUGCAAGGGGUCUUUCGAGGGUUUAAAGAUACAAAAACUCCAUUAUAUGCAACAGUUGCUGGGGAUGUGAUGAAUAUUAUACUGGAUCCAAUAUUUAUGUUUGUUUUCGGUUUGGGAGUUAGUGGUGCAGCCAUUGCACAUGUGCUGUCACAGUACUUAAUUUCAUUUAUCCUUGUGUGCAAAUUGAUGCAAAAGGUUGAUCUACUACCUCCUACCACAAAACACUUGCAGCUCGGCCGGUUCCUAAAAAAUGGUGGUUUUCUAUUGACAAGGGUGAUCGCUGUCACUUUUUGUGUAACCCUAGCAGCUUCAUUGGCUGCAAGGCUUGGUCCAAUACCUAUGGCUGCCUUUCAGAUUUGCUUACAGAUCUGGAUGGCAUCAUCACUGCUUGCUGAUGGGCUGGCUGUAGCUGGACAGGCAAUUCUUGCUAGUGCGUUUGCUGAGAAAGAUUAUGAAAAGGUAAAAGCUGCUGCAUCCCGAGUACUACAGAUGGGAUUAAUCCUAGGUCUUGGGCUGGCUGUGGUUGUCGGUAUGGGUUUGGAAUUUGGGUCUGGAAUAUUUACCAAAGAUAAGAAUGUCAUUCACCUGAUCAGCAUUGGAAUCCCAUUUGUGGCGGCUACACAACCCAUCAAUUCCUUAGCCUUUGUGUUUGAUGGUGUUAACUUUGGUGCAUCUGAUUUUGCUUAUUCUGCAUUCUCCAUGGUUUUUGUUGCCUUAGUGAGCAUUGGAUCAUUAUUUAUUCUCUCAAAAACUAGUGGAUUUGUCGGAAUAUGGUUUGCUUUAACCAUAUACAUGGCAUUGCGUAUGAUUGUUGGCGUUUGGAGGAUGGGGACGGGAACAGGACCGUGGCGUUUCCUCAGGAGUAGAUCUAUACAAUAACUUAUGUGAAAAGAUUUUUGAGUUUUAUAUAUCAGUUCUAUAUCUUAUUAUUUUUUGUGUUUAUCAUGCAUUUUUUGGUUGUUAUACGGU